AUGGCUGAAAAACACGAACAAAUUCCUCUUCAAAUAAUACUAACUGAUGUUGUACCGGCAGCAAAUGAAAAAUCGUCGUCAUCUAUUUUUAUAACUAUAUGGCAUGGAAUACGUGAACAUUCGGGAGUUUGGUAUAUGUUAACAGGAAAUUUCAUAUUUGCUUGUUGUACGUUCGCAUUAAAAUUGAUUCCAGCUGAUAUGUUUGAUAUAAUGAUCAUGCGAUUUUCAAUACAAUCAGUUUUAUUUGGUUUGUAUGCUACUUUUUAUAAAAAGUAUAAUUUAUUCGAUACGAAUGGACAACCUCUUGCUUGUGCAAUGAAUAUAUUGAUGUCGAGUGGCACCAAUUUAACAUAUUUAGUAGCAUUUUAUUUUCUUCCAUUGUCAGAUUUAAAUGCUAUUAAAUAUACAUAUAUUGUUUGGGCAGCAAUCUUAUCAAUUAUAGUUUUUAAAGAUCGCAUUAAACUAAUUAAUGCUUUUGCAUUGAUAUUGACGAUCACUGGAUUGAUGCUCGCUACGAAACCUCAAGCUUUAUUGAAAAUUUUCAAUCAUCUACUUAAUCAAUCAAUACUAAAUUCAACAAUAUUAAAUUCUUCAACUACAAUGAUCUCUUCUACAGUUACAAUCUCAACCUACUAUUAUCUAGGAAUUACUUUAGCUUUUAUAUCCUCAUUAACGAAGGCUACACAAAUGAUUGCACGAAAACAAUUAGUUAAAACAAAACAACCAUAUUCUGUUAUGAAUUUUCAUUUUACAGCAUUUGCUUUGAUUAUUGCAUUGAUUUAUAGUAUUACUCGACGAUUUUGGCAACCAGAGCCAUAUCCAUGGAAAUGGAUGUUUACAUUUGGUGUUGUUAUUGGACUUUUUCAUUUAGUAACAAAUACAUUCUAUGCUAAAGCAUUAAAACGAGAAAGUGUACAGCUAUUAUCAAUACUUGGCACACUUGAUAUAGUUCAUGCGUGCAUAUUACAAUAUAUAUUUUUACAAUUGACAAGACCUUUUAUGUUUUAUAUUGGAGCUACUUUGAUUGUUUUAUCAGCAGUUAUACUUUCAGUAGAUUCUUACAUGACGGCUAAGACAUGA